UUUGCCCAAAAAAGGAUAAACAAAACUGUCUUAUUUCGAUACACACACACACACACACACGUGCAAGCAAAUGUGUAUAACUCUUCGUGUGUAUAUAUACACUCCUCUCCACUAGUCUCUUCUCAAAGUGACCCGACCCCUUCUCUCUCUAUCUCUCAACGCCAUGCCUUCGAUAGACGACUUGAGGAACCUCAAGACCCUACCAGAGUCGUACAAGUGGAAACCCACUACGUCCUCCAACGACAGAGAAUCGAUUCCGGUGAUCGAUCUGGCCGAUUCCGACGUCGUCACUCGCAUCGGCAAUGCAUGCGAAACGUGGGGAGCGUUCCAAAUAGCCAACCAUGGCAUCCCAUCGAAGCUUCUGGAUGACGUGGAGUCGCUCUCCAGCAGCCUCUUCGGGCUUCCGACAGAGCAGAAGCUCGAGACGGCCACCCAGAAAAACGGCAUCGGAGGAUACGGAGAAGCCCGUAUUGCUCCUUUCUUCGACAGUAAAAUGUGGUCCGAGGGGUUCACCAUCGUUGCUGGCUCUUACCGCCAACAUUUCCCUACACUUUGGCCCCAUGAUUAUGACAAAUACUGUGGAAUAAUUGAAGAGUACGAGGAGGAAAUGCAAAAGUUGGCAGGGAAGCUGAUGGGUUUGAUAUUGGGCUCAAUUGGUGUCACCGAAGAAGACAUCAAAUGGACGGGGCCCAAUAACUCCGGUUUAGGUUCGGGCAGUGGCGCAAUACGGCUUAACCAUUAUCCAGUUUGUCCUGAACCGGACCAGGCAAUGGGUCUAGCCGCCCAUACCGACUCUACUAUGGUAACCAUUCUGCAUCAGAACAAUGCCGCCGGUCUUCAGAUGUUCAAGGAAGGAACCGGAUGGGUUUUGGUCAAACCGGUUCCCGGUUUACUAGUGGUUAAUGUCGGCGAUCUCCUUCACAUACUAUCGAAUGGGAAACUUCGGAGCUCACUUCACCAGGCCCUGGUCAACAAAAACAAAUCUAGGUUUUCGAUUGCAUAUUUAUGGGGUCCAUCGGGGGAUAUCGAUAUAUCGCCCAUAUCGAAAUUGGUAAGCCCGAUUGAACCGGCAAUGUACCGGCCGGUUACUUGGAAGGAAUACCUCGAAAUGAAAGCGAGACAUUUCGACAAGGCCCUUUCCAUGAUCAAGGCUUCUCCUCUUACCGAUUGAUUAUGAAAAUUUCAUGUUUUAUGACUGUAACUUCAGUCUUGUUGCUAUGAUAAAUUUCAAUAUCGAAUAAUUUAAGUUUCUAUCUUGUUGUAUUAUUAUAAUA